UCACAGCCAUAUAUCAGGACAGAUUCUGAGCAGUCAUCUAGUGUGCUGAGCUUCUCUGCUGUCAGAAUUCAGUUUUGGUGGACACGUCGUCGGCAUCAUGAUGAUCAGAAUUGUGCUAGGAGUCAUUGCUGCGGUUGGAUUCCUCACUCUCGGUGAAGCCCUGACGUGUAAUUCCUGUAAAGUGGGCAUUCUAGGCAAAUGCUUAUUCAGUUCCCAAGUGUCCUGCGCUGCCUCCGAGACCAGCUGCUAUACUGCCAAAGCAGAGUUCAAUGUGACCGGGUUUCUGAGUCUGUCCUCAAGCGGUUGCACUUCUGAUUGCAACAACACCGCUGGAAGCAUCUUGGGAGCAGGAUACACCGUGACCAAAACCUGCUGCGCUGUGAAUCUGUGCAACGGAGCGAGUUCUGCGCAGCUGUCUGUGGCUGGGGCUCUCAGCGCCGCUCUGCUGGCCUCCGUCUGGAGCUGCUCCAUGCUGUAGAACUCCCUGAACCACACCGAAGAAUGUAUAGAUCUCCUAACUUGUUUACUCCACUGUGUCCCUGGCAAAUGCUCGGUGAUAAAGUUUUCUUUUUAUGAACAUUUACACACAAUUUAAUACAUAUUUAAAAUGUCAAAACGUUUGCUGAUGUUAUUUUUAAUAAAACCUUCAUUUGGAUGAACACUGUGGAAUGAGGUGAUGAUAUAUUAGAGGUGGAGCUGAAUCAAUUUCACAGCAGUGACUCUGGGUUAAGUAUUGUGCUCGCUUUAGAUUAUUUGUAACUUUUAGUCAUUAGUUUUGAACUAUCCCCUGAAUUAUCCACUAGUUUACCCCAAUAUAUAUUCUAGCAUUAGCCUAGGUUAAAACAAACUGUUAUUUAGUUGUUUUUGUAAACUUAACAGUCAGGUCCAGAAGUAUCAAGACACUGUUUUUGUGCUUUUGCCUGUAUACAACACUAGAUUUGAAAUAAAAAAUCAAGAUGUGAUUGAAGUGCUCACUUUCCAUUAAAGAAGUUACAGACAUUUUAACCAGUA